AUGUAUCCAUACACUUGCAGUCAUUUUUUUUUUUUACUUUUUGCAAACUUUACCAUUCUUGCUUUUCCCCUACUUUUCUUUUUCUUUUUCUUCCUCUUUUAUUUUCCCUCUUUUUUUUCUUUGCUUUCCAUUUCUUACCAUUCAUUCCUUUCUAGUUUUCUUUAUCUUCCACUUUUCUUUUUUUCCUCUUUUCUUUUCACUCUUUUCUUCUUUUUCUUUGCUUUCCAUUUUUUUUUUUUACCAUUCUUUCCUUUUCUCUACUUUUCUUUUUCUUCCUCUUUUCUUUUUCAUCUUUUGCAUUCUUUCCUUUUCUCUUCUUUUCUUUCUUUUCUUCUCUUUCCUCUUUUCCUUUUUUAUAAUUAUUUUUCGUGUUUCUCAUUUCUUACAAUUUUUUGCUUUCUCCUAAUUUUCUUCCUUUUAUUAUUCUUCCUUUUUUCUUUCUUUCCGCUUUUCUUCUUUUUUCAUUCUUCUCUUUUUUACUAUUUCCUAAAAAUCUUUCCUUUACUUUCCUUUCUUUUUACCUUACUCUUUUCCUUCUUUCGUCUUUUUCUUCUGUUGUGUUUCUUUCUUUUUUGCUUUCCAUUUCUUACAAUUCUUUCUUUUCGUCUUUUCUAUUCCUUCCUUUUUUCUUCUUCAAUCUUUUACUUUUCCUUUCUUUCUAUUUCUUACAAUUCUUUCUUUUCCGCUUUUCCUUUCCAUCCUCUUGCAUUUCUUACUUAUUUGUUUUCUUUUUUCAUUCUUAAUCUGUGGCUUUCCUUUCAUUACACUUGUUACCUUUCACGUUUCCUUUCUUUUGUUUUCUUUCUUCUCUUUUUUUUUCUUUUUUUUUUGAUAAUUUCCUUUCCUUUGUAUCCCAUUUGUUAUAAUAUUUUCCGUAUUUUCUUAUUCUUUUCCACUUUUGUUGUCCUUCCUUUCCGGUUUUUUUUUUUUUGCAUUUUUUCUAAUUAUUUCUGGAUUUGCAUUUGCGCUUCUUCCAUUUGUUUACUUUCUAAUCAUGUCUUCAGAUAG